UGGAGCUCCAACUCCAGAGGGAGGUGAUGGAGGUAUUUACAGUAAACCAGCAUCAUACUUCACUCAGUCAAAGCAAAACGCAGGGGAGGUGAGCUAAGGAGGAGACGACUCAGAACUGCGAUCAUGCAGAUACUAGUACUCUUCCUUGUAUUGGGUGUAGUGGAUGUGAAUGUUAGCCAGCGAUACAGCUCGAUCCAAUGGCUGUCCCAUCUACGAAGGAGGUGGCAUGGUGCCGACUGGCAGGCUGAGGACAUAGAUUGCCCUUUGGAAUGCGACUGCCCCGCAGCUUACCCCACAGCUAUGUACUGCCACAGCCGCAAUCUUCAGCAUGUCCCCUUUGUUCCGUCACACAUCAAAUAUGUCUAUCUGCAACGUAAUCAGAUCACAGGCAUCCAGGACGGGGUGUUUGACAAUGCUACAAACCUAGUCUGGGUAAUUCUGUCCCACAACAAGCUCAACGCUGACAAAAUCAGCAACAAUGUCUUCACAAAGUUAGGAAGUCUGAACUGGCUCUUCCUGGAUCACAAUGAACUAACUGGUGUGCCUCAAAACUUACCCAAGUCCAUCACAGACCUACGACUUAAUCACAACAAGAUCUCAAAAGUUCAUUCCAGCUCAUUUCAGGGGAUGACCAACCUGACCACGCUUCAGCUCCAAGCAAAUGUCAUAGAAGACAUUCAGGGCGGGCUUAAGGGACUGAAGUCUCUGACUAUGCUGGACAUGAGUAAAAACAAGCUGAGGAAAAUCCCAGAAAACCUUCCAGAGACCCUGCAGCAGCUCUACCUGGAGUUUAAUAACAUAGAGAAUGUCCCAGCUGGUUUUCUCACUGCAUAUCCUAAACUGCUGUUUGUCCGUUUGGCUCACAACACCCUGACUGAUAAAGGCCUUCCAUCUAACGUGUUCAACACCAGCACACUCCUGGAGCUUGACCUCUCCUUCAAUAAACUAGAAAGGAUCCCUUUUGUCAGCAGGAACCUGGAGAACCUGUACCUACAUGCCAAUAAGAUCAAAGAGUUUUCCCUGAGCAGUUUCUGCAGCACGACUGAUGUGACAAACUUCUCCAGGCUGAAAGUUCUGCGUCUGGAUGCCAACGAGAUCAGUGCCAGAGACAUUCCUGCUGAAGCAGCCUACUGUUUGCGGCAUGUUGCUUUUAUUGAUGUGUAAGAGCUUUUUGACCAAAGCUGGUAAACGUGGUUAACCAAGUACUCACACUCACAAGUACUAAAAUGUUUCCUUUUAUAUGUGAUAUAGCGUUAAUCAACAGGAAAUACCACCAUUGUGCUAUCUGAUAUCCAGAUGGCAGACAUAUGGAUAACAAAGUGAAAAAAGGCUGGACGACUAAUAUCCUUAAACCAAUUAGAAUCUCAGUUCAUGUCUUCUGGUAAAAAAAAAUACCCUCUUUCAUACAAUUAGGUGAAAGUAUAAUAAGUAUAAUCAAUCAUGUGCUGGAAAAUUAGUUUGGAUCUUUGCCUCCACCAUGUGGAACGUGACAAAACAUCAUGCCAGGCGAUGCUUGGAAGUACUUAUUAGAGAGAGUAUUUGUCAGUACUCCAGCAAUGGCCCCACUAAAUGUUACCACAGUUUAACCAUUU